GGGGGGGUCGGGCUGGGCUCAACAUGAACCUGCGCUCUGACACUCUGGCUGGGAAAAGCAGGCAGCAGCCAGCCGGCCGCCCCCCGAGCAGCAGUAGCACAGGGGAACCUGCCUGGAGCGCUUUGAAACACCAGCAAGACGUCUUUACUUGGGUGCCAAAGCGCUCAUGGCUGUCGCUUACGGGGCUGUCACCAACCCGGGCCUGCUUUACCAGCAGUACCCUCCGCCCCUGCUUCCCAAACCUGCAAAGGACAACGUUCGGCUUCAGAAACUCCUCAAGAGAUCCGCCAAGAAGAAGGCCUCCGCUCAGACAUCGCAGCCCGCCACGCUUUUCCGCUCCAACCUUUCCCCCGUGAACGAAGCAAGUCCCGACCUCGAGCACAGUGACCACUCAACACCUCCCAAGACUCCAGAGACACCGUUCAGUCUUUUCAGCGUCCAGGAGCCUCCGAGGUUCACCGCCAGACCGCUUUAUCGACAUGUGGCGUCGCCUUACCCACAUCGAGCGGCGUACGGGAGACCGGGAAGAUUCUCCCCUCAGACGGUGGCGCCCCCAUUGUACUCUUACCCGCAGAAUACUACUACCGUUUCUUCAUAUUCUGCGUCCACCAACGUGUCUGAAGUCUCAACAGCUACGUGGCAAGUCGUUGAGCCUGCAGUGCCAAAAAUAUCUUUACUGCCAGCCUCCUUUACACCUGAGGCAACAGUACCAGCUGCUGAAGUAAGAAAGCCGGCUUUUAGCACAUUUGCUGACAAUAAUGCCGGUCUUAGACCUUUCGCAACUGGAGGGACGCGACAAGCAAAAAGUCCAACUCCUUAUCAAGCAAUGGGGGGUGAAGCUCUGAUUCGUCCUCUCACUGUUUUGAUCCCGAUGGCCAAAUGCAGGAGUCCACGUCCAACAUUCAAAGCGACCGACCGUUCAAGAUCGCCCAAACCGAUGUUUGAUGUUCCCAAAAUUAGGAUGUAUACGGCGAGCACAUCCUACUACGAGUCAACCAGGACCACACCGGUGUACGACACAGCUGCUUUAACCGCCAUUGGCAGCACAGCACCUCAAAGUAAAGCACCGGCAGAAACCAUGCAAGAUUUGACUCCCGUAUCUGAGGUCAGAAGAGGGACAACACCGACGGCUCUGCCUCCUUUACUGGGCCCAGAUCCCCAGAGGAAAACACCAACUUCAGAAAUGAAAAGGGGCACCACACCAACAACGGAGAUGAAUACUAUAAUAACACCUACGGUUGAAAUCCUAAGAGCAACCCCGACUUCUGAAAUCAGAGUUAAAACACCAACAGGACGGCCUCGAACCCCGGCAUACAACAAGAAUCGGGCUGCAACACCGGUCUUUGAAGUCUCAAGACCGAAUCCUCUCUUGUUCGCCGUGUCGCCAAUCACAGUAGAGCCAGAGAGGUCAAGAACGCCCAAAACACUUUCUGCUAUGAGCAGUUUGUCAACUUCCCAAAGCGAUAAGAUCAGUUUGUCUGUUUCCCAAAGCGAGAAGAUCAGUGAGCCUAAGCCUGCUGAAAUGAUACCAAACAGGGACAUUCAUUUGGUCAUGACACCAGUGGUAAAACCAAUCCAACAGAGCAUCAAUAUGACACAAUCAGAGCCUGAUCUGUCAAGAGAAGCUGCUCCAGCUGGCUCUCAAAGACCUAAAACCCCAACAACUGAGCCACAAACACCAGCAGUGACUUCUUACAGCAACCAGAGGCCUAAGACUCCAACAUACGAGGCAUCCCGACUUAUGACCACUUCGCCUGGUUUUAAAAGACCAAGGACACCUACGUACGGGAUGUCACCAUCACCUGUAGGCUUUCAGAGACCUAAAACCCCGACUCAAACUGCUAAAAAAUCAAAGUCUGGCUACCGUGGAUUGACACCAGCUGAAUAUGCUGCUCACGGAGGAAUUAAAACCUACUCUCCAGCUUUUGGUAUCUCCGAUUCCAAGACGCAAGCUGAAGAGGAGGUUAAAGUGCCAAAAGAGGAACCAGUAGAAUGUAAAGCACCUAUUCAAGAAACACCUGUGAAGGAACAAGCUAUGCCAGAGGUGUCUAAAGCUAAAGAAACUCCCAAAGAGGUAGAGAAACCCCAGGUGAGGGACGUGAAGGUUGCCAUCACCCCUUCAAUUCCCAUCAUUAUCGUUUCACAGGCGUCUGACACCUUUGUAACAACGAUAGCACAAGAGACGAGCAUGGUUUCCAGUCGGGUUGCAGCAAAACAAGAGAAAACGGUGAUCCAAGAACCACCAAAGUCUAAACCCCCAAUGACACAAGGGAAAACGUCUCAGAAACCAGUUCAAGAAGUCGCCAAACCAAAGACGAAUCCUCCUGAAGUCAAACCUGUGCCCAAAGGUGAUGACCAGGAUCCUCUGAAGGCAGUCAGGAAACUAUUAGGAAAAGAUAAAGUACAGAAACCUGUACCUGAGACAAAAGCUGAUAAGAAAGAGCCUGUAGCUGAAAGCAAGGCUAAAGAUGAAGGCCAAAAGCCCAGCACUGCAACAGGAAGUGAAGGAAAAGGAAAAGAUAAGAAAGAAGAACCAGCUGCAGUUAAAUCUGCGCCGGAGACAAAGGAAAGCGUUGAAUCCCUCCCUGCGGAGGCCCUUCUGAAAGUCAUGCAAAAGCCAAAGGGAGUGAAAUCCAAACUGAGCGGUUGGUCCAGACUCAAGAAGCACAUGGUGGUGGAGCAGGAAGAGCCCACAUUCCCAGAGGUUGGCCCCAAAAAGGAGGCCGCUGGGACGGACCAGAAAGAGGUGGAGAAGGCCGAAGAGAAGGCCGUGGACAAGCCCGAAAAUCAAGACGAGAACAAAACCAAAGACGCUCCCGUAGCGGCCAAAAUGUGGAACGCCUGUCUCUUCCAAAUGUUCAGCACUAAGGAGAACAUCAUGCACCAGAUCGAGCUGAACAAAAGCGACGACAAGAAGACGCAAGAGGAAACAGACGACCAGAAAGAGGUACCAUCGUUCGCCCAACGGCUGCCAUUGCUGCUCUUCAGUCCAAAGUUUGACGCUAAAAGGCUGAAAGAGGCGGCGUCAAGGCCGACGACGAAGAUUUCGACAGUUUUUGAAAUGGGUCUGAUUGGGCGGAAAGGUCAAGAAGAGGAACCAAAAGACUUUAACAGAACAGCGAGGGGGUUCGCCGCAACUUAAGCUAAUACAAUAUAUAUAAUAUAUACGUGCCAAGGUGAAAAAGAAGUUAUAUGUUCAAUGUACAGGUGCAGAAGUCUCAGUGUUUCAAACGAAUGAUGUUUGUGUUAUAGAAAAGUCCGCUUUGGACAAGUGCUUAGUGUUUCAUCUGUGUGACUGGUUGUCUGGAUGUUUUGUGUUUGUGGAAAAGCUGGAAAAGAGAAAAGUGUGUCUUAAUUCAGACGUCACAUCCGAUUAAAGCGUUUAUGUUUUCAGUAAGAUCA